AGACGCCGUUAGCCGAGAGAAGGGAGAGGCGAGAGUCGGAGCGCGUGGGAGCGCAGAGGCUGGAGGAGGGAGGGGGAGCCCGCGCACAGAGCGCGGAGGGAGGCGCGCCCGGGAGCGAACAUCCACCGGGAUCCGGAGCGAAAGCAGCAGCUGCGGCCGCGCCCUUGUCGAGCCCGGUGCAUCCGCCUAGCCCCGCUCCGCCCGCAGUGGUCAGGGCUACAGAGGAUGGAGGAUUCCCAGGAGACAUCGCCGUCUUCCAACAACUCCUCGGAGGAGCUCAGCUCUGCCCUGCAGCUGUCCAAGGGCAUGUCCAUCUUCCUCGACAUACUGAGGAGAGCAGACAAAAAUGAUGAUGGAAAAUUAUCAUUUGAAGAAUUCAAAGCAUAUUUUGCAGAUGGUGUUCUCAGUGGAGAAGAAUUACAUGAGCUCUUCCAUACAAUUGAUACACAUAAUACCAACAAUCUUGACACAGAAGAGCUGUGUGAAUAUUUUUCUCAGCACCUGGGCGAGUAUGAGAAUGUACUGGCAGCACUUGAAGACUUAAAUCUUUCCAUUCUGAAGGCAAUGAGCAAAACAAAGAAGGACUACCAGGAAGCCUCCAAUUUGGAACAAUUUGUAACUCGAUUUUUAUUGAAGGAGACCCUGAAUCAGCUGCAGUCUCUCCAGAAUUCCCUGGAAUGUGCCAUGGAAACUACUGAGGAGCAAACACGUCAAGAAAGGCAAGGGCCAGCCAAGCCAGAAGUCCUGUCAAUUCAAUGGCCUGGAAAACGAUCAAGCCGCCGAGUCCAGAGACACAACAGCUUCUCCCCAAACAGCCCUCAAUUUAAUGUCAGUGGUCAAGGCUUAUUAGAAGAAGACAACCAGUGGAUGACCCAGAUAAACAGACUCCAGAAAUUAAUUGAUAGACUGGAAAAGAAGGACCUCAAACUUGAACCACUGGAAGAAGAAAUUAUUGAAGGGAAUACUAAAUCUCACAUCAUGCUUGUGCAGCGGCAGAUGUCUGUGAUAGAAGAGGACCUGGAAGAAUUCCAACUUGCUCUGAAACACUACGUGGAGAGCGCUUCCUCCCAAAGUGGAUGCUUGCGUAUUUCUACACAAAAGCUUUCAAAUGAAUCUCGCUACAUGAUCUAUGAGUUCUGGGAGAAUAGUAGUGUGUGGAAUAGCCACCUUCAGACAAAUUAUAGCAAGACAUUUCAAAGAAGUAAUGUGGAUUUCUUGGAAACUCCAGAACUCACAUCUACAAUGCUAGUUCCUGCUUCAUGGUGGAUCCUGAACAACAACUAGAUGUUCCUAGACAUUUUCUUUAUGGUUCCAAGUGCAAAACAGGUGUUCUUAUCUAAAAUGUCAAUUAGAAAAUUAUCUGUGGUUGUUAAUCUACUGUAUACUUUUGUUUAGUAUAUUUACUAAGUGCACUCUUUUAAAACAUAUUCUAUAACUUUAUCAUUCAUGUGAAUUUUAGGUCAAUUUUCAGAGUUCACUAUUCUCAAUAUUUAAUGCUAAAUGCUUUGCUACAUUGUAACCAACCUAAAACCUUUUGUGACAAAAUCCUAAUAUGUGGAAAAAAGCAUAUGCAUAAAGGAAUAUUGUGAAAAAGAAGUUGUUGUGAUAAAAAAAAAAUAUUUAAAGUGGAAACUUUUAGAGCAUUACUUCAUAGGGCAGAUUUUGUAAACUGUUGUAUACUAUAUAGGGUUAAAUCAGCGUUUUGUGAUUUUUAAGUAACAGAUUUUCUGUGAUUGAAGUUUAUUCUUCAACAAUGUCUACUCCACCCCCAACAGCCCUAUGACUAUUACCUUUAGUUAAAAAGUUAGUAUAUAGGCAUCAAACAACCUUGGCUGUAACCUAUAGAAUCUCUAUGUAUCAAGUUAUAAACUGGUUUUUCAAAAGUGAACAAUUCUGUGAUAAGUUGAAGUACCAUUUAGUAACAUAGCAACACUGUAUCAUUUAUUAGCAUUAUAAUUCCUUUAUAAGUUAAAUAUAUCAAGAAAGAAGAGAGUAUUACUUUGGAAAAAUGUGGUUCAAAUUUUAUGGCAUAUAGUUUUGGUAUGCAGUCAAGACAGCUAACUUUUCUUAUGAAAAAUACAUAUUUGCAUGUAAAUAAGGAUUUCAAAAUACUUGAAAAAGUUUUAACCCAAAGGAAUAAAUAAGAAUUAUAAGAAAAGCAAAAAACCUUAAGGAAGUCAUAAAAUAAUGGGGAAAGCACUAGACAAAAGACAUCUGCUUUCUGGUUUCGACACUAGAAUGACUAAAACUAUCUACCUAUAGAUAUCUACCUAUA